GAGCCCCCCGACCCCGACCCCGAUCCAUCCGAGCCAACCGGCGAGGAAGGAGGCAGCCCCCGCAACACCACCAGCCAUGUGGCGCCGCGCCUCCCAGCUCCUCCUCCGCACCAGCGCCGCCGCCACCCGGCGCCUCCCGCUUCCGCCCCCACCCCGGCCGCUCCCCCUCGCGCCCACAUGGGUCGCUUCCGCGUCCUCCUCCUACGCCACCCAGGCAGCGGCGGCCGCGGCGGCGCCAGCGCCGGCGCGGAGGCCGCUGCGGACGGUGGGGUCCCUGCUACGGCUGAACGACCUGCGUGACAACCCGGGCGCGCGGAAGCAGAAGACGCGCAAGGGACGCGGGAUCGGCUCCGGGAAGGGCAAGACGGCCGGCCGCGGACACAAGGGACAGAAGGCGCGCGGCACCGCCAGGUUCGGCUUCGAGGGCGGCCAGACCCCGCUCCGCCGCCGCCUGCCCCGGCGUGGAUUCAAGAACCGCUUCUCCCUCACAUUCCAGCCCUGUGGACUAGGGAAAAUUGCAAAGCUCAUCAAUGCUGGAAAAAUUGAUUCCUCUGAACUGAUCACAAUGAAGACACUGAAGGAAACAGGUGCCAUUGGGAAGCAAAUAAAGGAUGGAAUUCGCUUAAUGGGUCGUGGAGCAGAAGAAAUCAAAUGGCCGAUUCACCUUGAGGUAUCAAGGACAACAGCAAGAGCAAAAGCUGCCGUGGAAGCAGCUGGUGGGACAGUAAGGCUGGUGUACUACAACAAGCUUGGCUUCCGAGCGCUCCUGAAACCUGAGUGGUUUGUGAAGAAGGGCCGCCUGCUACCAAAAGCAGCGCGACCUCCGCCCAAGCAACGAGAUAAGGUGGAUAGCAUUGGCCGCCUGCCCGCACCGACAAAGCCACUCCCCUUCACGCCAGAGGAGCUGGAGUUUGCAGCAAAGCGUGACGCUGCUUGUGUGAGUGUGACUGCAUAAUUAUUUUUUUUCAAGUGAGGCACCUUUUUUUUCAUUCUACACACCACAAGGCAGGCCCCUCUGAAUAUGUACCACAUUAGUUGGGUUAGGGGAGGGCAUGUAAGAACGGAAUGUUAUAUCUUGAAGGUCUCAUUCCUCGUGGAGUUGGAUCCCUUGCCCACAGAUUCAUGAUUUAGUUUGUUCUGGGUAAAGCUAGGGUGGAGGGGGCAUGUACCCUCCGUUGUGCAUGUGCCCUUCGCCUUGUGGCCUGACGUUUGUGGUGCUGGGAUCCUGAUAGUUGCAUCGAGUAGCCUUGUUCAACCAUUAAUCACUGAACCAAUGAAAUGAAACGACGAAUGCUUUAUAUCUGA